UUUAUGUUCUUUAGGGAGCUUUACUUCCAUCUUUCAUCUCCGGCAAUCAUUCGACGUGUUAAGCUUUAUGCUCAAGAUCCUAAAAAGCCUGCUUCUAGUAAUAAUUUGUUACACAAGCAAGGUGAUAGAUACGUUUCUUGGGAUCUUCGAGACCCUUAUUUGGCGGGUGAAGUUAACGAAUCGCCAAUUUUUCGUAUCAUGUUAUGUGAUUUGGCAAAUGAGGAGUAUUGUCAGCUCUUAAAUCGUUUGGCCAUGUCUGCAGAGCGCUUUGUUGAAUUCCGAACUUUUACUCCAGAUGCUUUCUUUCCCUUUCGAAAGUUUAUUCAAUCUCCACUUGAAAAUGAGAAUUGUCGUCAGAUGUGUGAGAACAAUUAUAAAUUAUUGUAUAUGAUUGCAGCACUUUUAUCUCGAGGAGCAAUUGUUAAGGACUAUUUAAUGGUAACUGAAGCAUCACGGGAUGAAUUUGUACAGCGGUGUUCAAAAGAUUUUAAAAGGGAUAAAGCUCUAUCGUUGGAAGUUAUUGAGCAAGUACUGGCUGAAAUUGAUAAACGUUUAGAUUGCAUCCAUCCAAUGCAAAUCUACAAAUGGAUUUACCACCGUUUAAGUCGUAAUGUUGAUGCAAUGAAACAAAUCCAUGAGGAUAUGAUGCGAGAGGGAUAUGUACGCGUUAGAAAAGUAUUAAUUACUCCAACACGAAUGCUUUUUGUUGCACCUGAAUUGUUAAUGGGAAAUCGUGUGUUGCGAUUGGAUGCUGAAAAAUAUCCUCUUGAUAAAUUUCUUCGUGUUGUUUUUCGUGAUGAUGAUGGACAAUCUGUCCAUGCUGUGAACAUUGGUGCCGUUCUUAUUGAUCGUUUUAUUGGAUUACGCCUUAGAAAUGGCAUUGAAAUUGCUUGCCGUAAAUUUAACUACUUUGGUUCUUCUAAUUCUCAAAUGCGUGAUAAUGGUUGUUAUUUCAUUAAUGCAAGUUUUGAAGAAAUCGAGGAUAUCCGUAAGCAGUUGGGCUCGUUCAAAAUACAAUCAGCGCCUAAAAUGAUGUCUCGGAUUGCUCAAUGUUUUACUCAAGCUCGGGAAACGGGCUUAGAAUUGGAACGUCGUCAUUAUGCGACAAUUCAUGACUAUCUUGGCGGCAAAGAUACAAAUUCUGAGCCAUAUAAUUUCUCUGAUGGGGUGGGGCGAAUCAGUUACGAAACUGCUAAGGAAUUGAGUCGCGUUUUGUCUGUUGAUAAAUCUAUGGAUGAACUUCGUGAAUGGGGAGUUCGCAAUGGUGUGCAAGAUACUACAAACUGGGAAAAGCGUGAUUGUUGGCUCGAUUUACAUAUUCAAUUUCGGCCUUCGCAAAAGAAAUUUAAAGCACCUAGAGCUAAUCAAAAGUUGGAAAUUGUUAAAUAUUCUUCACCUGUUUCAUUGUGUUUGAAUCGUCCUGUUAACAAUAUUCUUGAUCAAUUGCGCCUAAAACUUCAAAUUCCCAUUCCUACAACGCUGGGCCGUGCGAUGUUUGGUAUUGUAGAUGAAAGUGGACAGUUACAAUAUGGACAAGUAUUUAUUCGUUACACAAAAAAUGCUGCAUUGAAAUUGCCAAUGCCAACAGCCGAGCGUCAAGUUCUAAAGGGUCCAGUGAUGAUCACAAAAAAUCCUUCAAUUGUUGCCGGCGAUAUACGUAUGUUUAAUGCUGUAGAUAUUCCUGCUUUGCAUCAUCUUUGUGAUGUUGUUGUUUUUCCACGCUAUGGACCUAGACCACAUACAGAUGAAAUGGCUGGUUCUGAUUUGGACGGCGAUGAAUACACCGUGAUUUGGGAUGAGCAACUUUACCUUGAUAAAAAUGAGGAUGCAUUUGAUUACACUUGCAAGGCUCAAGAAGCAGCGGCAAUAAGUGAGAAAGACUUACGUGAUAAAAUGGCAGAAUUUUUUGUUGACUAUAUUAAACAGGACUCCAUUGGUCGUAUUGCAAAUGCAUUCUUAGUCAAUUCAGAUUUAUAUGGCAUCAAAAGUGAAAUUUGUAUGAGAAUAGCUGCAAAACAUAUGGAAGCAGUUGAUUUUCCCAAGACUGGCGUUCCACCCCAGUCUCUUACUAAAAAUUGGGAGCCUGAAAAGCCUCCCGGUGAAAAUGGAGAACCGGGUCAGCCAGCAAUGCCUCCAGAGCGCGCUGAACGUUCGCCAGAUUUUAUGGAGAAAAAUAACGAACCCAUGUAUAUAUCGUCACGUUUGAACGGCCAACUUUAUAGAAGAGCAAAAGAAAUUGACGACAUUCUGACAAUUGCUACUCAGGAUGAAGAGAUGGCAAAUAUCGAACUAGAUCCAUUAAUCACUUACCCUGGUUGUGAUGAUCCAGCAAUGCUUGAUUUGGCACAACAACAUUAUGAAUCUUACUCGGCAAAUAUUCAGAACGUUCUCGACUGUUAUGGAAUUAAAGCCGAGGGUGAACUGUUCUCUGGACAUUUUGCUUCGUUGCGAAAUCGGCUUAGUGAUAAGGAUAGUGACGAUAUGAGUUUUUACAACACUACCAAUGCAAUUGAGCAGCAAUUGUUCAGCAUUUUUAGUCGUUUUCGGCGUCAAUUCUUUGAAACUUCCUUUAAUAAUAAUCCUGCCUAUCGGUAUGAAGAUGUCACAGUUCCUGUUCAUUCUUAUGCUCGUACAAAUGGCGUAAAGGAUGUUUUUCGACGCAUAUGUAUUGAUCCAACUGAUGACUUCAAAAGAUUAGCUUGUGCUUACUACCAAAUUUCAUAUAGUAAUUUUUAUAUUUAUUGUUUAUUUUGA